AUGGAAGCUUUAAACCGGGGUCCGUACGCCAAACUCCUUCCAUUAAAUAAUGGACGUUAUAAGAGAAUCGUGGAUCCCGUGACUCCCCAAAUAUUUUUAGAUUGUCAGGCCUGCUUUAAGGUGGAAUUGUUGAGGGAGGAGCACGAUUUCAACAGUUUAUCAUCUGAUCCGGGCUACCUUAUUAGCACCUCUUCUUCUGAUAAAAAUGUUCCCAUUGAAACAGUCACAGAUUUAAAUUCACCCGUGUUUACAAAACUAUACACAUCCAAACUGGAUGAUGAGAGAGAGAGCACACCCUCAUCAGUCUCCUCAAUGGACUCGGAAACUCUAGAAGAUUCAGAAAUAACGGUAGUUUCGGAAAACUCGUCGAUUUUCGAGCCUUCGGAAGCCAAUGAUGAGCAUGAAGAGGGCAAAGAUGCGGACUAUGAUCGUCUGCACAUGCCUAAACCUCCGAUGGUAAUAAGGGGGGGUGCCGACGGAUUGACUGAUAAAUCGAACUGGAUUAAGGACGAGCUCAAGCUCGAGGUGGAAAGUGACGAGGGCAUCCCCGUACUAUUCUACACCAAGAGCAGGGAGAAACCGGCUCUUCUUAUGUUGGCAAUAGACCAUAAGAUGCGCGUGAUUUACAUGAGGAGGAACAAGGUAACGAGAUUUUUCCCGAUCAAACUGAUAGACAAAAUUGUUGCAUCUCACCAGAUAAUAGAGGACGAGUUUUCCAAACAGAUCAAACACGACCCAAAUGUGCGAGUGAACAACAUGGUUUUAUUCAAUGCUUCUAAUUUCACCGACUGUGUGGCGAUUCAAUUCGCCCAGACCUCGGAUAAAAUGAAAUUCAUUGACGAAGUUUAUAGGAUUAAAAAUUUAAUCAGAAAGGGACUCUAA